GGAUUAGGCCAUUAAUCUAAGAAUCGGCAAGUAAUCGAGAGAAAGUCAAAGAGUUGACCAAGAUGAAUUUCUCUCCGAUAGCAAUCUCCCUUCUCUUCGCUCUUCUAUCGCCGACUCUUCUAUCUUGCUCCGGCGAUUCCAGCACCGUCGAGAUUGAAUCUCCGCCGACUGUAUGUAUCAUCGGGAGUGGGAUCGGAGGCUCAUCCGUCGCUCAUUUCCUCCGUAACUACUCCGUUUCUACCGGCUUGGACCGAGCCCGGAUCCUGAUGUUUGAGCGUCACGAGGUAGUCGGUGGGCGCAUGAGGACCGUUACCGUCUCCGGUGAUACGUUCGAGGCCGGCGGUUCGAUCCUGCACCCGAAAAACUAUCACGCACGGGACUUCGUCGAGAGGUUCAAUUUGACGGUCCGAUUGCCGACGGCGAUUGAGGAGUCUUGCGCUAUUGGAAUCUGGGAUGGGAAGAAGUUCAUCUUCAAGACCUUCGGUUCGAGUAUCAAAUUUCCUUUUGUGGAUAAGAUCGUCUCUUGGGUGAAUGAUCUGUACAUGUUCGUGCGUUACCGGUUUUCACUGUUCAGAAUGAGUAGCUUCAUUGAGAACACAGUUGGUAAUUUCUUGAAGUUCUACGAAAGCCUAGAAUCAAGACCAAUCUUCGACAGUGUUGAAGGGAUGCUGAAAUGGUCGGGCUUGUACAAUCUCACAAAGCUCACUCUACAGGAGAAAUUAUCUGAAGCUCAACUAUCUCCUUUAUUAAUCAACGAGCUGGUUACUGUUAUUACAAGGAUAAACUAUGGACAAAGCGUACUCAUAAGUGGACUAGCUGGUGCAGUCUCAUUGGCUGGUUCAGGUGGAGGAUUAUGGUCUGUCGAAGGUGGGAACUGGCAGAUGGCUGCAAAACUGAUCAACCACUCAGAUGUUACCUUACACCUGAAGGAGCAAAUCGAAUCCAUUUCACAUCUCGGUAACUAUUACGAGCUCAACUCCACAAAAGGAAACAGCUUCAAGUGUGAUGUCGCAGUCGUUUCCACACCUUUAGACGAGGUGGAUAUUCAGUUUUCACCGUCGAUCUCAAUUCCCAAGAGGGAAUUACAGCACACACACGCAACAUUCGUUAGGGGGCUUUUAAACCCAGGGUAUUUUGGGAUGAAAUCGGUUUCGGAUGUUCCAGCCUUGGUGGGAACUCUUGAAGAUCCUCUAAUUCCGUUCUCAUGCAUCUCGAUUCUAAGGAAAUAUAGCGAAACAGAUAUGACGUACAAGAUAUUUACGCGACAGCCUGCUUCAGAUUCUUUGCUUGAUGAGCUCUUCAGUGCGAGAACCGAGACCGUUCGCAUAGACUGGGGUGCAUAUCCCAAGUACCACGCGCCUGAAGUUUUUGCACCCUUCAUAUUGGAUGAUCACCAUUUGUACUAUGUGAAUGCUUUUGAAAACGCGGCUAGCACAAUGGAGACAAGUGCAGUGGCAGAAGCGAAGAGGUCAAUCAAUCUGAUCGGCGAUGGGUUGCUUCAGUUGCUUCGACGGAACCCAAAAGCAACAGCACAAGAACAGUUUGAAAAGUCUGCAGCUGGAAGGGCUGCACAAGCUCAAAUACAGCAAAUGGCAAAACAAUCAGCUAAUACUAACAAAGGAGAGCCUGUUCUUAAGUGGCAAAUGACGUAGCGAUGAGAGCGGGUUUUCUAAGAGUUGUGUGAUUCUCAAGGUUUGCAAGACUUUUUAAUGUGCUUCUGAUUCAAUCUGAUUAUCUUUUGAAUUUGCAAGCAAAGAAAACAGAGUAACAAGUUUGUUGUAUAUGUAUAGUAGUAAUAAAUGUUAACAACAGAUCAUCUCUCUGUUUUAUUGUGAGCUCUGUUUGCAUUUGUUCAAUUAAAGUUGUUUAGGUCAAUCUGGGAAUCUUAAGUUAAGUGAGCUGAUAGCUUUAGUUCGAUUGGCAUGAGCAUUAGAUUCAUCUAAGCAUCUGUAAUUUGUGGGAAUGUCGGAGACCGUUUUUUUAGUUCACCAUGAUGCCAACCUUUUCAGUUUAAGCCAUAACUCUAUGGAAAUGGCUUUUAUAUUGCAUUUUGUUGGUUUCUCUAAUUUUUUUUUUGUAUACAAUAGCUUUAAUCAUUAGAAAAACAGAAGAGACGAUGGAUCAGAUCAACGUGUCUAUUUUCAUAAGACUCGCAUCUAGUUAUAGACAAAGAUGUACAAGUUAUAUGCUUUGUUAUCGUUCCACAUCAAGAGCUGUUAAGUAAGCUCCACAAUAUAUGUCAAAUGGAAUCGAUCUUUUACAUCACCAAAAAAAAAAAGGUCAGGACUUGUUCCACUCCUAUUCCGUGAGGCUUGACUCUCUAGAACCUGCUCUUUGCAUCAGAAACUUAUGGCACAUGACAGUACCAACAAAAUCAAGCAUCCCAUGUUUCACAAUCUCCAGCCUCUCUGAACUUUCCAUUACCGAGAACCCAAACCGCUGAGUCCAAGUGGUGACAACCUCUGCAGCAGCCGGUAAGACCAAUCUGUAAACUCCCAUUUUAGACAUUUGCUUCUCCAGCUCAUCCAUAAGCACUCUACACAUCCCACUUCUCCUGUAUUCAGACAAUGUCGCCACCAAAGGGAUCUCCGCCACGUCCUUGUCAACUCUAACUGCCGCCGCCGUUAUAGGCUCGUUGUUUCUCUCAAUCAAAACCGUGUAAAACCCGCGUCCCACGCCGGUUGCGUCUUUCCUGAACACCAGCUCCUCAACAAGGUCUCUCCCAGAGAAAGGAUCUUUCGUAGGCUCAAAUCCCUGGUGAAGUAUCUCAACAGCAGAACCUAGCUUGGAGAUCUGUUCAUCGUCAUAGUGUUCACCGUCGUUGGGAGCUCUCAUCAAUGUCCAAACCAAAUCCUCGUCCCCUACUGCAAUCUUACGUCCUAGGAGACUCUGAAGCGCGGAGAAGACUCUGCUGCAUUGGCUACUACAGAACCAGCCUCUACAUGAAACAAGACAAGGCUCUUGUUUUAAACACUUUAGAUGGAACCUUCUUUGGCAUUGCUCACAAGUCAUCAGCUUGCUGUUUCCUGAUGUCUCCAUCGACCCACAGAUAUCGCAGCAGCAACAAGGACAGAACCAGAGCUCUUCCUCCGGAAGACUCGUGAAGCCGAGGCAAGUAUGGUGAAAAGCUGAUGGACAACCAUCGCACAGAAGCAAGUCUCCACCCCAAUGACAAACGCAACACACAUCACAGUUGUUCUCCGGACCACAGUCUUUCCUCCAGAAUCUUACAGACUCUCUUUCACACUUGUUGUUCUUCUUCUCCAUCACUUGUAGGAUCUUCCUCAGAGAUUUCUCAAACCUUGGCCUUAUCUCUCCCUUAUCUUCACUCGGAGUAGAGCUAAUAAACGCAGCAUCCGUCACCAUUCUUGUCGUCUUCUUAUUCCGUUGCUGGUUUAUUACAUCAAGAUUGAGAACGAUUUUGAUCAAAUCAGACGAACGAUUCUUCUCUCCGUCCUUCCGAGUUUCCCCAUUAAACGCAGCCGUAGAGCAAUCCUCCACUUGCUUCUUCUUCGGUACAUCAACAUUGGGAACGAUUUUGACCAAAUCGGACGAACGAUUCUCUCCGUUGAGGGAUGUGCCAUUAAUAUCGCAACCCCUCACCAUCUUCCUCUUCUUCGCCUUCGGUACAUCAACAUUGGGAACGAUUUUAAUCAAAUCAGAAGAACGAUUCUCUUCGUUGAGGGUUGUGCCGUUAAUAUCGCAACCCCUCACCGUCUUCCUCUUCUUCUUCGACACCUCAACAUUCGGAACGGUUUUGACGGAAGCGGACAAGACAACUUUCGGGGGGAGGGUUCGUUGUUGUCUGUCGUCGUCGUCGUCGUCGUCGUCGACACAGCUCAAACAAGCUGUAGCCAAAGAGUAAAACCACCUCCCUUUGGGAGACUUAUAACGCAGCUCUCGCUUCUUCUUCCCUCUGUGAAUGUAAGCGAAGCCCCAGCCAAGAGCCGAGAGAUGCUUCUUCACCUUCAUCGAGAUAUCCGACGACCGCCGAGUUCCUUUGGGUCCGUCUCGUACAACAGAUAGCCAUUGUUGGAUUGAUCCUGGGUUCAAUUCCGCUUCUACGCUAAAGAAUUCACAGCGAUCCUCCAUGUUUUUUUUCUAGAAUUCGUAUGAUUAAGGAGACAGUUGGAUCUUACUCUCUAGGUUAUGACACCAUGGGUUUUUUAGAGGGUUUAUUUAUUAUAUGUUGAGAAUGAAAAAAAAAGGAAGUUUUCCAUUAAUUAAUCUAUAAUACUCGUGCGCUCUUUUUUUAAAAAAAAAUAAUUUUUGCAUGAG